AAAAAGAAAAGAUCAAGUGAUCUUCUCAGAUCAUGAUGUGGGGAGGAACGGUGUGGAGAUGUUUUUUCAUCGGCCUCAUUUCUGUUGUUUAUGGCAACAGUCUGUGUCCCAAUGGAGACCCCUUUAUCAUCAAGAAGUGUUCAGAAGACAGUGCUUGUUCACCAGUGUCAGAGCAAUGUUAUCAAGGAACCUGCUGUCCUAAAGCUUUCAACAGUGGUCCAAAAUGUCCAGGAGGAAACCCUGUUGAGAUAAAGAGCUGUGCUUCAGAUGAGUUCUGCUCUGUGACAGAAUUCUGUAACCAAGGAACAUGUUGUCCUAAAUCAGUCAACCAAGAUUCCAAAUGUCCCGGAGGAAACCCUGCUGAGAUAAAGAGCUGUGCUUCAGAUGAGUCCUGCUCUGUGACAGAAUUCUGUAACAAAGGAACAUGUUGUCCUAAAGCAAUUAAUCAAGAUUCCAAAUGUCCUGGUGGAAACCCUGUUGAGAUAAAGAGCUGUGCUUCAGAUGAGUCCUGCUCUGUGACAGAAUUCUGUAAUAAAGGAAUAUGUUGUCCUAAAGCAAUUAAUAAAGAUUCCAAAUGUCCUGGUGGAAACCCUUCUGAGAUAAAAAGCUGUGCUUCAGAUGAAUCCUGCUCUGUGGCAGAAUUCUGUAACAAGGGAACAUGUUGUCCUAAAGCAUUUAACAAGCCAGGAUCCUGUCCGACAGUGGCCAGCGGUACGGUAGGGAUAUGUGUUGAGCAGUGUUCAGAUGACAGUUCUUGUGGAGCGGAUCUAAAGUGCUGUUCUAAUGGGUGUGGUCACACCUGUCAAAAACCAGUUAAAAAGGCAGGUAAAUGUCCAUUGAGUCUGAAGAACCUAGGAGGUGUGUGUAUUGGACAGAUGGACGUCCCUAGCUGUAAGACUGACAAUGACUGUCCAACCUCAGAGCUGUGCUGUAGGAGUGAAUGUGGAAUCCAUGUCUGCUCACCGCCAGAAGAGAAGACCCCGUGCCAGAGAGAACUAGAGGCCGCCUCUCUACAAGUCUUAUCUCAGGUGGACAGCUGUAACCCUGUCUUUAUUCCAAGGUGUGAUUCUAAAGGGAAUUAUGAAAGAACACAAUGUUAUGAUCACAACGGCAUGUGCUUUUGUGUUUUCCAAAAUGGAACAAAAAUUCCAGGGACAGAAGUGAGAGGAAAUCCAGAUUGUUCCAGGGCAACCAAACCCGGUGUGUGUCCACACUACACCAGUCUACCAGCGAUAGAUCUUCGCUGUAUGGAGACCUGUCAAUCAGACGACAGUUGUCAAGGCGACCAGAAAUGCUGCUCCAAUGGGUGUGGUUAUCAUUGUAUGGGGCCUGUUGGUAAAAACAGUUUGACAACAAGAAAGAAAAGAGACACAAAUCCCCGCUGCACCUAUGAUCCACUUUUUGUCCCAGUUACAGAGUGUAGGACCAAUGCCAAUACCUGCUCUCAGGGGUCUAUAUGUGACCCUGUCACUCAGUGGUGCUGUCCUCCUAUGUCAGUUGAGAAAUGUCCAGUUGGAUACCAGGUGACAUCAUUCUGUAACAAUGGCCAGGCUUGUCCACCAGGUCUGCAGUGUUUACAAGGAUCCUGUUGUCAUGUUCCUGUCAACUCUGGCUCAGGAAUUGUAGAUUACACCUGUAAAGCUGAUAAUUACCGCACCACAACCAAAUGUGAAGAGGGAAACUGUGCCAGUGGAUCCUUCCAGUGUGAAAAUGGCUACUGCUGUCCUACAAGGUUAAUUAAAGAUAUCUCAGAAUAUCAGUGUAAAGUUGAUGGCUACAAAUCCACGACUAAGUGCUGUGAUGGUGAGGGGACAUGCGCUAGUUCUACCUUCCACUGUGAAAAUGGUUACUGCUGUCCCACCAGAUUAAAUGAGGGAACAAUUUGUGUAUACCGUCGUUAUAUAGCAACCUCAGUGACCUAUAUAGGGUCUGUAGCCUCUGGGACCAUGCCUUCAGUAGAGGCAUGUAAGGCAGCCUGUGACCGUAAUACAAUCAGUGAUUGUAUCGGGGUAGUAUAUCAACAAAAUACAGGAAAAUGUACAAAGUACCCUGACACUAGUCAUUUAACCAAAGUGGCUGAUUCUGAGUCUGAGUUUUUUGAGAGGCAUUGCCAAUUUUCUGCAGGACUGUGCCCUGACCAGAACAAUGUUCUUAUGUCUGACGGUGUUCCUAAGACGUGUAACAUGGACACGGAUUGUGAUGUCAUCAGUUUUGGCUGUAUUAACGGGCACUGUUGUCCAAAGGGAGGACUCACUACAGUGGCACCAGUGAAAACCUGUUCAAAUGGGGCGGAUCCAUCCAAGAAUGUGAAUGGUUUAACAAAGACGUGUAAGGUGGCCAGUGAUUGUGGGGAACCAGCUACCUGUGAGAACCAGAUUUGUUGCCCAACGCCAAUACAGGAAGAUUUCUGUCCCAACAAGAGCUUGCCUCUGAUGGAGAAUGGGAAGCCUAAAGCUUGUAUGGGGGUCCUACUGUCAGAAUGUGGCAGCUCCAGGGACUAUGCAUGUAAAGGGUCAGGGGACUCCAAGUACUGCUGCCCUACAAGGAUUAAUAAUAUGGAACUUUGUCCUAACAAAGGAAUGCCUCUGUUGACCUCUGUUGGUAAUGCUCAGAGAUGCUCAUCCACCAUGGACUGUGGGGACAGUACCUAUAGCUGUCAGAGCUCUAACAUUGAUGGAUACAAGUACUGCUGUCCUUCAAAACUUCUCAUCACAGAAAUGUGUCCUAACCAAGGUUAUGUCAUGGUUCAUGGAGGUCAUCCUAAGAGAUGUAGCAUGGACUUUGAAUGUAUCGGCUCCAGUGGAAAGUUUUCCUGUGUCAACAACUACUGCUGUCCCAAGGAUGCCAAUCAAGCUGUGUGUCCCAAUAAUGGAGGACUGCUAUUAGAUGAAAAACAACAGCCUAAACUUUGCACUGACAACAUAGAAUGUCAGGGGUCAGGGAAAGGGGCUUAUUAUUGCAAUGAGGGAUACUGCUGUUCUCAACCGGGUUCUAUUUCUGUGUGCCCCAAUAACGGAAUGGUGAAGAUGAUGGACAACAAGUCAAUGACCUGUGUAAAGGACGCAGAUUGUGGGGAGGUAACCUGGUCCUGUGAGGGGGGCCACUGCUGUCCCCUCCCUAUCAAUACAGUGUGCCCUAAUGGAUCUGCUCCGAAGUGCUGUAAGUUGGACCUAUGUGUCCACCAUUCCUGUCCUGCUAAUCCCUCAGCUCAAUGUCGCAUCAACCCAUGUGGUGAUUGUAAGGCUGAGUUCUACGACGACAAAAACACACUCGUCAACUGUUUUUCUGGUUUAAGUAGAUGUGAGAAGAUGAGAUUGAAGGCCCUUUCUUUGAGCACAUUUUGGAUGGACACAGAUGUAGGAUUCACUAAGCAAUACCUGGGACAAGUUAAAUCAAAGAAGCAGGUUGUCCUACCAACUGCAGAAAGAGUGAUAUCCUCUGGUAAGGCCGGGGAGUGUCUAGGAUUACAUCCUAAGGCUGUCAAGGCUCUGACUCAGGACUGUACCUCAGACGAAGAUUGUCAAGGAACCAGUAAAUGUUGUCUCAAUAAAUGCCAGGUUCCUAUUAGUGUAUUGCCCCACCAGGCAGCCUGUGCCCACCGCCCUGUGACUGGACCAUGUAAGGGUCGUAUGAUCCGACACUUUUACAAUUCCACCAGUAACAGGUGUGAACAGUUUGUGUAUGGAGGAUGUAAAGGCAAUGAAAACAACUUCGGGUCUCAGAAAGCUUGUGAGAGGGCUUGCUCAAAAGCUGGACUUCCCCCUCAGUGCCUUCCUGACCCAGAUACAGGCAGAUGCCGGGCCCGAAUCCCCAUGUACUUCUAUAACGUUACCAGCAACAAGUGUGAGAAGUUUUACUAUGGGGGAUGUGAAGGGAACAGGAACCGUUUCUUAACCCUCACACAGUGUCUCAGUACCUGUAGCUCUAGAGAUGUGCAGGCUGCUCCAUGUGAGAAAAUCCGAUGUGCAGCAGGCACCAUUUGUUUACCUGUCAGUGACACUGAGGCAAAGUGUAUCUCUGAUAAAGUCCCGCCUGUGGUGAAUGGUAACUUUGUGCCGGAUUGUUUGGACGACGGACGGUUUGCUGAGAUGCAGUGUCAGGGAUCUCUGUGUUGGUGUGUAGAUGAUAUCGGGGUCAUGAAGCCCAACACCAUGAGAGUGGGCAAACCACCCUGUUAUAAAUCAGUGACAGGGGUAACUGACACCAGUGAUGCCUCCAGAGUUCCAGUAUGUGCUGAUGGCAGUGCCCCAGUGCUGUGUGAUAAAAAUGAGUGCGAUACAGCUAAAUGUGAGGGUAGGAGUGACGUCACCUGUGUGGUAGACCCCUGUAAUAAGUGCAAGGUCUCCUUUGUGGACACAAAUAACAAGCCAGUCACAUGCAAUGUUGAUAAAUGUGCACUGAAGAAGCCCAUUUCCACGUCCCGCAAUAAACAAGGCUGUGGAAAUCUGGAACAACGAUGGGUGUUUGAUGCUCAGGCCAAGGAGUGUGAACAUUUUCUGUUCUCUUCGUGUGAUGGGGAAGAUAUUUAUUACAAAAGUCAGUGGGAGUGUAGAUCUAAAUGUAUAGGUGCCAUCUGUAAUGGAGGUGGACCUAAAAGUUGCGUCACCAGCUGUUCAGAUCAGGUGUGUCGUCGAUUUCCUGCCGCUCAGUGUCAGAUUCACCCAUGCACCUGUGAAGUCAUGUUCUUUGACCUGGUUUCCAAUGUUCCUGUGAACUGUGAUUCUGUAACCCCACUUUGCCAGCUGAGAAGAUCACAAGAAAAGCGCAAAGCUUUGAUGAAGGAGAUGUAUAAUUAUAAGGUAUCAGAGUCUGUACCGAUAUCUGUGUGUGACGUGAAGGGGGAGUUCUCUCCCCAGCAGUGUGACGCGGCCUCCGACAGGUGCUGGUGUGUGGACGGCCUCGGAAACAAACUAACAGGAUCAGAGAGAAAGGUCUCGGGUCCAGCUCAAAAUAUCGGCUGCAGCCACAAUAAAACAGUGUCUGCCAUGGUAUCAUUGCUAUUCAAGUUGGAUUAUGAUGUGUAUGUCAAAGGAAAAGAAGAAAAGCUUAAAGGGGUUGUGAUUGACAAAUUAAAGGAAAUAUCACCCAAAAUGAUCCAACAUAUCAAGACAAUAAAAAUAAGAAAAGGCAGUGUAUAUGUUGAUAUUGAGUUUGGACAAACAUCUGAAAACUCAGAACCAGAAGACAUAGGAAGUCUAGUGAAUGUAUUGGAAAAUGAGGUAAACAAUGGACUGGACAUGAGGUUUGAAGGCCAGACCAUAACAGCAGAACCAGAGACUAAAACCACCUUUACCUUCCAAGCUCAGACAUCAGGAGAUAUUUCUAAAUCCCCCACAGCAGAAAAAGAUGAAAGUGCAACAACAACUAUAGUUGUCGUAGUUGUCAUUUGUGUUGUUGUUCUGAUAGCCAUUGUGGCAUUCAUUGUUUAUCGAAAGAGGAAAGGCCAACAAGAAAAGAAUUUUACAACCUUGAAUACUAGUGAUCCUGAGAGUCCUCCAAUGAAACAGAGUUCGGUGUACUACCAUAAUCAGGCCUGUGAUAAAAAGUGACAUCUACAGGAGUUGCAACUCAAAUUUUAAUGUCAGGGGACACAACUCUCAAGAAAUCCAUUAAACCUUUAGAAAUCCGUUUUAUAUUGCACCAUCAAAGAAAAUACAUUGUAUUUUGCUCACAAUUCAUGUGCUAACAUUAUAUAUUUUUAACUUUUCAUGUUUCAUUGUUAAUAUAUUGUCCUGCCUUUUUAUAAAAGUAGUGACAGGUAAUGGCUGUAUAUGCUGAGAUUAUCUCGUCUUUUUGUUUUCCUUUUUUUCCAUGUACUUCUACUUAAAACUGGACUUAUUUAACAAAUUGCACAGAAGUGCUUCACAUAUUUUGAAACUUGUUUAAAGAUUUUUUGUGUAUUUGUGCAGAAAGAGGUGAAAAUGUGCGAGCUUAAAUAAUGUAUUGUCAGAUAUUAAAGAAGGUCUUAAGUUUUAAAACAUACCAUGUAAUAUUAGAAUUAGGUGUAUUCUGAGCUAACACUGAGAGUAAAGUGUUGUUGUAAGAAUUGACUAAAUUAUGAACAUUGAUGAAGAAUUCUAGCUCAUUCUUUUUUAUCGAUACAAAAUGUUCUGAUUAAGCUUUACUUCCCUGUAUUUGUGCUAUAGAACUAGCUUAUUUUCUUCUCCUGUCAACUUCUACUUGUCAGAAUACCAUAAUGAUCUGUAGUUCCUUAUCACCAAUAGAUACCUCACUUAAUGGUGCUAUAUAUUUUUUAUUUCAAUACAUGGUUGCUGGUUCAUCUAUGUGCAGAAUCUCAACUUCUCGUGACAUGGGAAGAAUUUAAUAGGAAAGGUUUUUAUAUUUGAAGUGAAAAUUAUGCUGAAUAUACAUGUAAUUGCAAGAACUUGUACAUAUUUUACAAAUAAAAAACUAAAAUCAGUA